CUAGCUCAUUGCAGCGCACCGCAAGUCGUCUUCUCAGCUCGAAGCCCACAAUGUCAUCACCACCAUCGGAGCCGCUUUCUUCUUUUGGAACACCAAACUUUCCCUUUCAGGUCAACUCGCAAGGUACGAGUGGUGAGUCAAGGAUGCCAGGAUAUAAUUUUUUCAGGCAAGCUACAUGUGAUUUUUCGCAACUAAUUGGCAGGGGCCAACUUGGGAAAGUUUACAAGGCACAUCUUCCAACCGGAGAAGUGGUCGCUGUGAAGCUGCUCUAUCAGAUGACAGGGUUUGACGACAAGAGAUUCUCGAAUAAUUGUACACAACUUAUGAGCACCAACCACAAGAAUAUUGUGAGAUUAUUGGGCUAUUCAUAUGAAGAACAUGAAGAAUCACAUGUGCACUAUGGGACAGCCAUAUGUGGUGUAUACAUACGCAGGUUAAUCGGCUUCGAGUAUGUGCCUGGUGGAAAUCUUUCCAAUUUUAUUUCAGAUCAACGUCUUGGAUGGAGUAUACGCUUCAAAAUAAUAAAGGGGGUCUGCGAGGGUUUACAAUACCUUCAUGAAGCUGGCAUUGUGCACUCUAAUCUCACCCCAGGUAAUAUUUUGCUAGAUGGUGAGAAGAUACCAAAAAUCACAGAUUUCGGUUUAUCUCGGAUGUUCAAGCCAGUAAACAAGAGAGCCACAAUGAGUAAAACUAUUUCUUAUGGAUGGUGGGGUAUGAUACGUGAAGGAGUGGUGUCAAAAAGGUCUGACAUAUUUAGCUUGGGUGCUCUAAUUAAAGUUAUAUUGACUGGAAGUACGGAAGAAUCGGACAUUAAUUGCAUGGACGGUCCUGAAUGUGUUGAGCAUGUACACAAAUACUGGAGGAAACGGCUACAAGAGAUAAGGAGAUAUCCCUCAUUUGAAGCAGAUUGCAAACAAGUGAGGGCUUGUAUCGAAAUCGCAGUAGACUGCAUGCACAAUGACCAACAGCAAAGGCCUCUGAUUAACAAUAUCGUUCGUAAACUAUAUGAAGUAGAAGCUAAGGGAGAUUACCCACCAUCACAGAUGGGACAGGGCAUUCAUGGUUUUGAAGUAAGGAAAAUGUCAUUAAAAGAGUUGGAACAGAUCACGAGUAAUUUCUCUGAAAAACUUGGUCAUGAUGACUUCGGUGCUGUUUAUAAGGGAAGGAUUGGAGGUGGGGAAGUGAUAGCUGUGAAGAGAUUCGAUGAGAGAUUAAGAAAACUAGAGGAUCAAUUUGAGAGAGUGGUAAAUCUUAUGAGGCUCAAGCACAAAAAUAUAGUACGACUGAUGGGCUACUGCUACGAGCCAACACAAGUACCAGUUCCUGAUGAAAAGAAUCCAGAAAAGACAAUGUGGUGGAAUAUUAUAGAGAAUUUGGUUUGCUAUGAGUUUUUGCCAAACGGAAGUCUGGACAUGAUAUUAAAUGACAAAUCUUGCAAACUCGAUUGGCAAGCUCGUCAUAAAAUAAUACAUGGCAUUUGUGAGGGGUUACAUCACCUUCACGUGGAAUGCCAAGAUGCGCCCAUUGUCCAUCAGGGUAUAAAACCUACCAAUAUUUUGUUAGAUGAUGGCAUGGUUCCAAAGCUAGGGGAUUUCUACACUUCAAUGGCUGUCACGCCAAGAUGUUACAUAGCACCAGAGUCCAUGGACAACGGUAAAAUUACACUCAAGUCGAAUGUAUACAGUCUGGGUGUUAUGAUACUAGAGAUCUCGACCAGAGAUAAGUGUCGUAAUGAAGAAUCCUCAAGCCGGUCUUAUAUCAAUAAUGUGCUAAAAAGUCGGACGCAAAAUUCCUACGUUGCAUCAAAGUACCCUUCACUUGAAGCGGGUUUCAUCCAACAAGUGGAGAGUUGGAUUAUAAUAGGGCUAAAAUGUGUGGAGAUCCAACCUGAAAGUAGGCCUACUAUAGGGCAAAUAAUGCAUUUUCUUAACACAGAGUCUUCCAAUGCCGAGUUUUACCACUGGGGGGAAUUCAGACUUUCUUCUGAAAGCACCAUCACCUUAUGGCCUUCUUCAGAAAUGGCUGAUCAUGCAAGUGAACUGGCUGUCCUUGAGAGCAUGUUGAGUGAUGCGAGUGUAGAGCCCACAAGGCUAUCAUAUUCACUUAUCAAAUCCAUUACAAGAAAUUUCUCUCAAGUGAUUGGCCGUGGUGGGUAUGGAGUUGUUUACUUGGGAUAUCUUCCAAAUGGCAAAGUCGCUGUGAAGAAGCUUUCCAUACUGCAGGAAUUUUCUGAUGAGCAAUUUCUUGACGAGAUCAAAUGUUUGAAAAAGGCAAAGCAUAAUAAUAUAGUCAGAUAUCUAGGCUAUUGUGCAGAUUCACACGGUGAACUGUUGGAAUUCAAUGGAAGAAAUGUGAUAGCAGAGGUGCCACAGAGGUUGCUCUGCUUUGAGUAUGCUCCUAAUGGGAACCUUCAAUAUUAUAUUAAAGAGAAAUCUCAUGGAGACAACUGGCAAAUACGUUACCAAUUGAUUAAGGGGAUUUGUCUUGGUUUACAGUAUCUUCAUAAUCAGCGCAUUAAUCAUUUGGAUCUGAAGACUGAGAAUAUUCUUUUGGAUGCUCAGAUGGAGCCAAAAAUCACUGACUUUGGUUUGUCAAGAUUCUUCGAUGACGGGCAAUCCAGACAGUUUACUAAAAUCAUCCGUGGAACACUGGGGUGGAUGGCACCAGAAAUCAUAAACAAUGGGGAAAUGUCAUUCAAGGCAGACAUAUAUGGUCUGGGUAAUAUACUCAUUAAACUAUUAACGAGGAAUAAUGACGAUGACUCCGACAAUUGGCAGAAAUCACUAGAGGUGGGCUGCACACAAGAGAAAAUGUGCGUUGAAAUAGCUCGAAAGUGUGUCAAGUAUGACCAGUAUGAGAGGCCCACGGUAGAUGACAUUGUCCAUAUGCUGAAUGAGACGGAGGACACUGUCCAAGAUGAGUCGUCUCUUUUUAUCCAACAAUGGGGAAACGACCCAUCACCGAUGGCUUUCCAUGUACUACAAGAAGGGGCACCGCGAAGAGAUGCCAUUCAGGACUUCCAACUGGAGUCCACCCUGCUUGAAGACUGAAGACGCCAAGAGACUUCUCUCCCAGUGGAUAAGCCGUGCUUGUGACUUUGAUACGGUGAUCUAUUUUCUAUUUCGAGCUGUUCAGAGUGCGAGUUUGUCCGAGACUGCUCGGCUCAUCAAACCUACUCCCUCCGUUCCGAAUUACUUGUCGCACGUGUUCCGAAUUACUUGUCGCACGUAUGGAUGUAUCUAGAUGUAUUUUAGUUCUAGAUACAUCCAUUUCAGCGACGAGUAAUUUGGAACUGAGGGAGUAGCUACUUGGUCUCAGUGCUUCUUGGUUGUAUCACUACCUACACCUUUUCCCUUUCGGGAUAUAGUGGGGUGCUUGUUUUGGUCGCCUCUGAACUUUGCAUGGGCUGUUUGCCGGGCCCCUUCUUCUCCUAUCUACUCCGUAUAUACGUAUGAAU